GAUUUGAUGAACCUUAUUAUCCUAGUAAUAAUCUGUUUGAAGAUUUCAAAAAAAAUUAUGCCGUGGCUGUAUUUGACUUAAGAACUUCUAUAAUGGCACUUAAGCUAGAUUUAAGUGAUAAAUAUGGAAGCUCAAUCAGUGACAUCGUUAAUUCUACUAAUAGUGUGGAAGAGGUUACAAUGAAAUUCUUAUUAGAUCAUAACAAUUAUCAUCCACUAUUAAGCAAGAACCCUAAAGGUUCUUCACCUGCAUCCCAACCUUCGGUAACUGAAUCAAUUUCUCAACCAACUAUACCUUUGUUUGGUAAAAAACCUGAGUCUUCAGCAACUAAACCCAAGGAUCAAUCACGUGAAACUGACAAGCCUCCGUCAGAUGAACUUACAACAACUAAAAAACCAACCUCGAUCACGUGA